CGGCCCCGGCGAUGGCGGCAGAGGAGGCGGAGGGCGACGUGGAGUGGGUGGUGGACACCAUCGCCGGGUUCCUGAGCGGGCCCGCCUGGUCCAUUCCCAUCCUGGAGUUCAUGGAACAGAAGUGCGAGGUUUUUGAUGAUGAAGAAGAAAGCAAGUUGUCUUAUACAGAAAUUUAUCAGGAGUACCAAGCUUUGGUUGAAAAAUUAUUAGAAGAUUAUCUUAAAGAAGUUGGAAUUAAUGAAGAGAAAUUUCAAGAAGCUUUUUCAUCUCCUCUUGCAAAGACACACACUUCACAGGCCAUUUUGCAAACAGUGUUGGCAGCAGAAGAUUUUAGACUAUUUAAAACAAUGAUGGUACAGAAAAAUAUUGAAAUGCAAUUGCAAGCAAUUAGAAUAAUUAAAGAAAGAAAUGGUGUGUUGCCUGAGUGUUUGACAGAGGGUACUGAUGUAUUCAGUGAAGUUGAACAAGAAGAAAUGAAAAUACUGAGGGAGGUGCUCAGGAAAUCAAAGGAGGAAUAUGACAUUGAGCAAGAAAGGAAAAGGACUAAUGAAGCACGUGAUAAACUUAAAUCAUCAGAUGUAACCCACAGUUUUCCAGGAAAUUCAAGAGAAGCUGUAAAAGUAAAGGCAUCCUCUGAGGGAGCUGGUGGUUCUGAAGAAACUCCAAAAGUUUCAUUAGAGGCAUCUCAGAAGUCUGUGAGAGACGACUUAAAACCACUACGCCCAUCACCAAAAGGAACAGAAACCACCCCUCAGCCAUCUUCCACCCAAGGGAAGGAAGACAGCAAGAAAAGGUCAGCUGGAAAAUGUUCAGAGGACGCAGCACAAAAGUGUGGGAUGAAAGGACCUGAUUUAUCAGAACUUGAAAAACAGGAGCUGAAGCAACGAGAGGAAUACCUAAAGAAAAAACGAGAUACUCUGAUGGCUACAAAGAAAGAGUCAAGAAACAACGUCCUGUUACCAGCAAACACUGACCAGAAGGAAGAGGAAUCAUCUCCAAAAGAGGAAAUGUCAGAAGAGAAGCAAAGAUUGCUACAGAAGAGGAAAAUGCUUGCAGAAAAACUAAAAGAAGAAGUUAUUAAUAAGCGGUAAUUUUCAGCAGCUCAUCGCAGUAUAGUUUUAGAAUAAAUUACAUAAUCAAUAAUUGAAUGGAUUUGUUUUCCAAUAUCACACUUAGUUUUACAGAAGUUUCAGACAAGCAUCUCUGUAUUUUAUAUAAAAAUAUUUAAAAUUACACUGCAAUACACUAAACCCACUUACUUUUUCAGAAUGCUGGAAACUCACUGACUUUCACAGGGACAUGUUUGACAGUCUGGUCAUUAAUCACCACUGUGGCAAACAGCUUUUCUGAACUACUGGCCUCAGCCACUUGACAAAGCUGAUACUGAGACCUGUUAAAAUAAUAUGUAAACAGUUUUGAGUUUUAAUUUUUUUAUUUUAAAAAUUAUAGAACUCUGUUUCUUUUAUUAGAAUGUUAUUAAAAAAACACUAUUUUUCAGCUGUGCAAUGUGAAUAAAGUCUAAUUUCACAAGGAA